AAAGCAUAAAUUAAUUAAAUAGAAUAAAACUACAUAAGGUUUGACCAAUUAAAGAAAAAUUGAUUUCUUUGAAAAAGCCAAGGAUAUUUUAGGUUCUACAUAUAAUUGGUGUAUUACAUAUGCACCUUUCAUUUGGCUUCCUCUAAAAAUGCACUAACAAAAAGUAAACAUAUUUUCAAAAACAUAAACUUAAUGAGGAUGAAGAGAAUAAUGUAGAAGACAACAGGAAAAACUGUUUUAAGUUGGAAAACAGUUGAAUGACUUAGUAGACCUCAUAAAUUAACUCCCAAUCAUGAAGUGGGAGGAGCUGAGACUCAAUCCUGUUUAGACUAUGGGACUAGAAUCAAUUCUGUUUAGAUGAUGGGACUUCUAGAGGCGUCUGAAAUGUCAACCCUCGAUCCUCUGGAAAUGAUGGUAACAUGCCCAGUAAGAAGGAUUGUGUUAAAGCUUCCUGUAAAGCAGUUAAAUCUCUAGCAGUCAGAUCACAUUUCCCCCCUUCAGUUACUAAGUAACCUACCGACCCCCUUGACCCUAAUGUAAGACUGAAGUUUUAUUUUCUGAUGAGUGCAAAAAGGAGGGUUAUUAUAUGAGGGGUUCCACCAACAAAAUUGAGGACAAGGGUAAUAUUGGUAGCAAAAGUAAGUAACCAACUAAAUAUUGAAUUCUGGUUGAUUGUUCAAAUGCUAUGAUAGUCAUUAGAAUCAAUUACAAAUAUUUUGUUUCUCCCCUUCUUAGACAUAUGACAAAAUUUCAAUUCCAUUUCUUUUUAAAAUUAUGUGUAGCCAUGUAAUUUCCUUUGGCUAAUAAAAUGUGAGAAGUGAUAUAUAUCCAUUCUGGGCUGAAGUUUUUGGAGACACGGUUAAACACAUCUUUUCCCACUACAGUGAUCAUGAAAGUGUAAGUGAAGAUGAUAUCUACAAGUUUAGAUCCUUGACUGACUGCUGUGAGGAAGGCCCCAGGCUGAACUAUAUAGGUUAUAUGAGAAAUAAAUCAACUUUUAUUGUGUUAAGCUGUUGAGAUUUGGGGAAGUUGUUCGAUAUUAAGCAUAACAUCCUAUCCUGGUGCAAAACUGUACUCCUCUUCACCCACUUAAUCCUUCACCUUUUUCAAUCUAUAUCUUUUCCUUCUGGAUUUAAGAGUGAGGUAGCCUGGCCAGUCUAACUGGAAAGACCUAAUCAUACUGACACUGAGGUUUCCCCACUCAUCAGUGCUCUCAGGUCACUUUAGAAUGAAAAAUCAAAGUGGACAAGCAUACCUACCUACUCAGAGCCAUCAUUUAGUUCCGUAGUCUCCCAAACUAAAUAAGAACAUACACAUGAAGAAAGUUUCUGAAAGGGAAUACAGAAAUUAAAACAAAGCAAAGAGUAAAAAGGUAACUUGGAGAAAAUGGAAGUUUGCAGCAAGAGGAAAACUUGGGGGAAAAGCUAUUAUUAAUAUCAGAUGAAAAAAGAAGUUAUUACAUUUAAAAAAUACAUGCAAAAAGAGAGCUCUUUUUUAAAAAAAGAAACAACUCUUGGAAAAUACUAACUUAAUAAAGAAAUUAAAAUCUCAAUAUAAGGGCUUAAAGAUAAAGUUAAGAAAAUGUUCUAGAAAAUACUGCAAAAAUAUUUUUAAAUGGCAAGCAGGAGGGGGGGAAAGAGAAAUUAGAGAACCGUACCAGAGGCCUAACAUCUGAAUUAUAAGAAUUCUAAAAAAGGAAUGGGGGCUGGAUUAUUAAUGAAAUAAUUUAAGGAGAUUUCAGAAGGAAAUUAGUUUCCUAGAUGAAAUAUCUCAUCAAUUAUACUUCACAAUGGAUGGAAAAUAAGCCCAAGCUAAAACAUAUGAUUGUUUAAUUUUAAAAUGCUUGGGACAGUGACAAAACAUUACAACAACAAAAAAAUAAAAUAUAGGUCACAUAUAGAAGAUAAGAAAUAAGAUAUGCUUCAUACAUCUUAGCAAACAGAUUGGUUUAGAAAGCUCAUUGGCAAAACAAAAAUUCUGAAGAAAAAUUAUUUUCAACCUAAAAUUCUAUACCUAGUCAAACUACUAAUUACAUUUGAAGGUAGAAUAAAGAUCUUUUAGUAUGUUUAAGAUUAUGAAAACAUUGAACUCUUAAACACCCUUCCCUGAAAACUACUGGAAGAUAUCUAUCAAAAUGGGAACCUAAUUCAAGAGUGGGAAAGACAGAAGAACCAGAAAUGAGAAGAUCAAAAACAGGACAGAAGCGAAAUGAAUCUCUGGGUGACGCUGACGGAUGAUCCCAGGAUGACAACUGAGUCUCAGGCAUAAUAAAUAACUAGUCCAGGAAGGAGCCAUUUGAUUCAAGAGACAGGGAUUUUGAAGGAUAUCACUAGCAAUCCUCCUAACAUUGUAGCAGCUUUUCAAUCAUAUAAACCUAUUGGAGGAUGUGAUCUAGUAAUGCCAUAGGGUAAACUGAAAAAGGGCAAGAUAUAAAAUCCCAGAAAUAGCAAACAUAUCCAGAAUAAAAGGCAAAGAAUUUCAAGAAUGACAGCAAAGAAAAAAUCCAGAAUGAUAGCUAUGCAGUAGGCAUAGAGAGCAACUACCCAACUUAAUGGAAAAUUGAAGCCUCAGGAGGAAUGGAAAUGACUAUAGGGAAAAUUGUACUGAGAGGCAAUUGUAUCUGUGGGAUCAAUAAGUGAUAGGGAUAAAAAAUCAAGUAAAUGAAAAGGCAAGGUAAUUAUUAACUUCAAGAAAAAAGUGAAAAAGAAAAUAUAAUGAAUAUAUGAUAAUGUUCCCAACAUAUUGUAAGUAAAAGAAAACUAAAAUACCUAAAAUGUAAUCCAACAUAAUAGUCAAUUGAUAAUUUCUAAAAUUAAUCAAAAUACAUCAGAAAACAGAUUAGUGGCAGAAGAGAUAACUAAAAGAGUUUUAAAAUUGCUACAACUUAGGAGAGGAACUAAGACAAGUGAGGAGGAAAAGUGUGGAAAAGCCUUGUAUUUUAUUAUAAGCCUCCUAGUGUUAUUUAACAAGGUCAUAUAUUAUUUUGAAACAAUGCAUUUCAAAAUAUCAGUAAAGUAGAGCCCUCGCAAGCCUCACCAAGAAUAAAAAGGAGAUAAAGUGCUAAACAUAACUAAUAAGAAUAGGGAUACAAUGAAAGGUAAACAGCACAAUGAAAACAAUGCCAAGCAAUUUGCAAACUAGAUAAAAUUAUUUUCAAAAUAAAAUGCAAGUUACUUAAAAGUACAAAACCUGAACAGAUUGUACUUAAACCGAAGGUAAAAUGUAAACGGUCGUCACAGGUCUGCUACAAGUAAAGCCACCAAACCCAACCAGUUCAAAAGGCAAGUUGGAAUUAAGCGUGUAGAAACAUAUAAUAAUAUAAUUAUUAAAACUAUUGUAUAAAAAUAGAUAAUAAGCUCUUUAACACAUUCUAUGAUGCCAGUAUAAUCAUUUAAUAUUAAAGCUGUAAAAGGCAAACACACACAAGGAAAACAUGAACUAGAAAAAUCCUAAAACCAUGUUGACACAUCAAAUCUAUCUGUGCACUAAAACAAUAAUACAUUAUAGUUAAAUGUCAUUUAUAUCAAUAACUCAAUAAUUUAGAAACUAAAGAACAAAUGUAUUAUUUCAAAAACUAUCAAAAUUACUUCAAAAUAUGAAAGAAUAAAGAAAAAGAAAAUCUUCUUGAUUCAAAAAAAGUAUUAUUCACCUCAAAUUGAGAUCAACCAUCAUAGUUGAAGAUGAAAUACUGGAAUUACUUUCAUAAAUGCAAGAUUGACAUACUUGUUAUUACCAAUUUUAAGAGUAUUCAUUGGAUAUUGGAAAUUCUAGUCACUGAAAUUAUAGAUGAAUAAUAAUUUCUAUAUAAUACUUAAAGCAGGUGAAGGAUGAAGAUUGGAUUGGGGCAGGCAGAAAGUGUUCCAAGAAAUAUCACAGGUAAGAGUUGAGACCUGGAAAGUGGAAGAAUUGUUUAAUUCACAAGAAAUUGGAAAAAGGUCAAUUAUUCUGCCAUAUCUGCAUCAUUAUUGUUAAAAUACUUUACAAGUGAAUAAAAUGUCCUCAACCAAUAUUUGUUAACUUCAGGGAAGAGGCUUCAUUUUCUCAUAUUUUUUUUACUAUCCAUUUUUAAAAUAGGAGGUUUUCUUAGAUUUCGGUGGGGAACCAGAGUUUAGUUUCAUGCCCCUGGAUUUAAGAAGACAACUGAUUAAAUUUUCUACGAAUCCAGAUUAUCACAGGGGAAAACAACAUCAGUUAUUACUUACUAGCAUUUCUAUGACCAUUUGAGGGUAACAAUGGAAUGAAACAGCAAAGAUACCAGGGACAAGUCACUCUGGUUGCAGAAUUCCUUCAAUCCGCCAUCUUUUUGUUCUAGUCUUGAGAACGGGAAUAACAUUCACAAAACGCAAGGUGGCGCUGCUGUCUAAAAAGAGAGAGAAAUACCUUUGCAAAGAAAGGAUGUUACAGAUUCCAGGGUAAAGAGGAAAUCUGACCAGAAAAGUAUAGGAAAGGAAACCGUGGUGAUAGGAAUUGGGGGAAAGUGAGGAUCCUUCCCCACAAACAUUGCUGUUAUUCAGCUCGUUUCAAAGGAUUCGGCUGCUGCCAUUUGUGAGAGCUGCUGGAGACUGGAUGGAAGUCAUUUUGAAAGACUGAUCCAAGGAAGAAUGGAGGCCGGAGUGGAGCGUGCUGUGCAGAAAAGGCAAGUCCUAUUUCUUUGUGUAUUUCUGGGAAUGUCUUUGGCUGGCGCCGAACCGCUUCGGUAUUUUGUGGCAGAGGAAACCGAGAGAGGUGCUUUUCUUACCAACCUGGCAAAAGACCUAGGGUUAGGGGUAGGGGAACUGACAGCCCGGGGAACUAGAAUUAUUUCAGACCAGAACAUGCAAUUUUUACUGCUCAAUUCGCUCACUGGUGAUUUACUUGUAAAUGAGAAAUUGGACCGAGAGGAACUGUGUGGACCCAGAGAGCCCUGUGUGCUUCCUUUCCAGUUGUUAUUGGAAAAGCCUUUUCAGAUUUUCCGUGCUGAACUGUGGGUCAGAGACAUCAAUGAUCACUCUCCAGUAUUUGUAGAUAAAGAGAUUUCAUUGAAAAUAUUAGAAAGCGCCACUCCAGGAGCAGCAUUUCUCCUAGAAAGUGCACAGGAUUCAGAUGUUGGAACCAAUAGCCUGAGUAACUACACCAUCAGCCCCAAUGCCUAUUUCCAUAUUAAAGUCCGCGAUAGUGGGGAGGGGAAUAUCCAUCCCGAAUUGGUGCUGAACCAAGUGCUGGAUCGGGAAGACAUUCCAGAGCUCAGUUUAACCCUCACGGCCUUGGAUGGCGGCUCUCCGCCCAGAUCCGGGACCGCCCUUGUGCGCAUCAUGGUUGUAGACAUAAAUGACAACGCCCCUGAAUUUGUGCAGUCGCUCUACAAGGUGCAGGCUCCUGAAAAUAGCCCGGUUGGUUCCAUGGUUGUCUCCGUGUCCGCUAGAGAUUUAGACACCGGAAUUAAUGGGGAAAUAGCCUAUGCGUUUUUUUAUGCCACUGAAAUAAUUCUCAAAACGUUUCAACUCAAUCCAACAUCUGGCAAUCUUUAUCUUAAGGGGGAAUUGGACUAUGAGGCAGUUCAGACUUACACAUUAACUAUUCAGGCCAAAGACGGCGGCGGGCUUUCCGGAAAAUGCACUGUGGUGGUUGAGGUAACAGAUGUAAACGAUAAUCAACCCGAGCUGCUCCUGUCUUCACUUACUAGCCCAAUUGCAGAAAACUCACCCGAGACAGUCGUGGCUGUUUUCAGAGUUAGAGACAGAGAUUCCGGGAACAAUGGAAAAACUGUGUGCUCCAUCCAGGACGAUCUACCCUUCCUCCUGAAGCCAUCUGUAGAGAGCUUUUAUAUUCUGGUAACAGAGAAACCUUUGGAUCGAGAGAGGAACACUGACUACAACAUCACCAUCACCGUCACCGACUUGGGAACACCCAGGCUGAAAACCGAGUACAACAUAACCCUUCUGGUCUCCGACGUCAAUGACAACGCCCCCGCCUUCACACAAACUUCCUACACCCUCUUGGUCCGCGAGAACAACAGCCCCGCACUGCACAUCGGCAGAGUCAGCGCCACAGACAGAGACUCAGGCACCAACGCCCAGGUCAAACGCAUUCCCCGGAACUAA